AUUCACUUAGCAAGAUAAUUGCAAAAGAGAACAAGAUAUUUAUCUAGGCCCUGAAGGGUUCUGCUAUUAACCUGAAAACUGUAUGGAGCGGCAAACAAGUGUUGAUGACCUCUUGGGCGGGUUCUGGCGUCUGGGCCAGGCUGGUAUGGGACGCACGGACUCAGAAGCGGCGUUUCAAGAAUUUCUGAAGCGUAUUCCUUCGACCACCAACUUGGCGGCAGCAGUUGCCGAAAGCUCUGCGCAGCAAGGUGCAGCAGCGUCUCAGCCUUCGGCUUCCAGUGCUCUGCCAGCUGCGGUAUUAUCAGAUGUAGUUACGUCAGCAGCUGCUGCUGUUGGCGGCAUUCCGCGCGUUCCGUCAUUGGAGCUACUCCGGCAACUGGUGCAAUUCCCACCACCACCACCACCCUCAGCACCAGCACUGAGCGCUCCUCCCCCGGUCAAGACCGAGCCUCCACCACCAGCAGCAACCGCACCUGCCUUCCGCCUGUCAGAAGCAGCUGAGGUGCUGAAAGCGGCCACUGUCGUUCCACCCCUGCCCCCGCCUGUGGCCCUGCCGGCUGCUCCCCCGCUACCCACGGGGUAUCCCCUGGCUGGAAUCCCAGCGCUAUCGGACCUGGCUUCGCUCUCCGCAGUGGGAGCCGCAGCCCUCCAGGGCGUGCCAGGGUUCCCACCCCCAGCCAACCCGCUAUCAACAGCGCUCACGCCAGCAGCAGCUGCUGCGGCUGCACUGCAGCUUGGGCAGCUGGGCUCGCUCAGUGCACGCCUGACCAGUACCUCCAAUAAUGGUGGCGUCAGUUCGGACAAGGAUAUGGACAAGGUGGAUUCACGGCGCGCCCGAAGAAUGUUAAGCAACCGAGAGUCGGCUCGACGAUCCCGGCGAAGGAAACAAGAGCAUUUGUCAAGGCUGGAGGAGGAGCGAAACCUUCUCGAGGAUGAGCGGCGAGAUAUGGAGAACCAGCUCAACAAUAUGGAACGACGGAUGCAGUCGCUGGAGGAUGAGAAUAAGCGGCUAAAAGAGGAGAAUGAGCGUUUGCGCGACGAGCUGCGGUUCAUGCGCACGGAGAUCACGGACCGCAAGGAGCGCAACGGCUACGGCAUGUACGGCGGAGGGCGCGGGCGGCUGCACCCCGACAGCGACGACGACCAGCCCGCCAAGCGCCACCGCUACUCCGACAAGAGCAGCUCGGAGGAGCACCCGGGCAAUGCGGCGUGCAGCGACCUAGAGGUGGACCGCAGGCCGCCCCGGAUGGCGUCAGGGAGCGCCGCCGCGGCGGCGGCAGCUGCAGCUGCUGCUGCCGCAGCCACCAUGGCAGGCAUCUCAAACGGCGGGCUGCAUGGCAGCGGUGGAGGUGGCGGCGGUGGAGUGGGCGGAUCGAGGCACAGCAUGCCGAGCGGAGGAGCAGCUGCGGGAGGCGGCAACGGACGGCUGGGGUCGGGAGGAGGAACGGGAUCAGGCGGUGGCGUGGGGAACAGGGAGCGGUACGGCGGCGAGCGGUCGGCGCGGUUGGAGGUGUUGAAGCAGCAGCGGGAGAGGGAGCGGGAGCGGGACAGGGAGGCGCAGGAGGAGGAGGAGUACGACUAGCGGUACGGUGCUGCCAGGUCAGCCGGGCAGCAUGGAGACAUGCAGCCUGGGGGGGGAGGAGGAGGAGGAGGUGGUGGUGGCUGGGGGAGGGGGCUACUGCUGUUGGAAGGUGGAGCUGAGCGGGUCCUCUAAUCCUGGCGAGUCUUCAAUUUGAACCCCCUAAGAGGGCCGUUUGUGCUUUGGAUGGUGCUGUUGAUGCUGUUAGUGGUGGUGGUGUUCCAUGGUUGUUGUUACACUUUUGCCACGCUUUUUGUGUGUUUGUGUAAUGUGCCCUUUUGGAGAAAACCCGUGUGCGCUGUUCCUCCUCAUAGUGCUUACAUAGUGGCAUGGAGGCGUCCCGUCGUGUCAUAUCCCGCGUGUGUGUUGUGCUUCUUGUAUGGGAGCCGGUUUUCCAUACCCAUGCCGUGUGCUAGCAACGCUUUACACUGUUACUGUGAUGUGUGUGGACGUUAACUGUAUCCGGAUCCCAUUUUACCCAACCCCCGAUUCCCGACUCACAUGACGCUGCUGACGUGGGCCCUCAUGACGUGGGCCCUCAUGACGGGAACUGUGUGAGGUGUGACAGUGAGGUUUGAUAGAAAACUUGUCUUACCCCGACGCAUUGCAGCUGAGCAAGGCGCGGAAUGGCCCCGCGAACGGCACUUCACAAGCACUGCUUGUGGCGGGUGCACACGCGGCGUGGCGUGGCUCCUCUGGUCUUCAGCCUCCCCUGACCUCUUCCCUUUUCAAAAGUCAUCACCGUCGCCUACGUUUGGUCAUCUGAGGGGUGCCUUGCACCGGGGUAAAGGUGUGCCCCGUACAGCUUCCUGCCACGUUUGACUCGUACCCAUUAUCGUCAUGCAACAUUGUAGAUUUUAUUAGACGCACGCGCUUUGGUUUGUAUUGCUGCUUGGUGGUGUUGUGGCGGGUGCGAUUGGUGGGUUGGAGAUUCGAGGUGAGUACAUGGAAGAGGCAGGUCUUGCGGCACCGAUGCUGCUAGGGUUGCCGCUGCUCGUGAAGCCGAAAUGAACGUCGUUAAGUGCAUGGCGUGAGAUUUAAGCGAGGGCGCUUUGGGGGGCCCGGACGGGGCGGAGGGCGGUCGAACUUGGGAGGUGUGUCAUGCAAACUGACGAAGAAGUACGAUUGCUGUUAUGAUGGGUAUUCGGAUGGACGGUUGUAUGAUUUCUAUGGAUCUGGAACGAAACCAAACGAACCCUUUUGUUGUUGUUGUGCAGGUGCACACGCUUUAUCUCUCCCUGCCAUAUCGUGUCGUUAGAGCAAUGAAGAUGUCCGUCAUGUUGCGGCCAUAUCCUACUCGCGAUCGCCCUCCAUUGUACUUUGUAUUGUCCGUGCCUCUGUGUUUGAACCCGUGUGCCGCAUGUUGCUGUAUGCAGCCUGUGUUGGCUGCGGCGGGCGGCUGUGUUAGACCCGGCGGGUUCCUGGAGACCUACAUAAAGAGAUGCAGGGUGGCCGCAUGUCCCAGCCCGUAAUACCGUAAAUAAGGGUGUUCCAAGACACAUGCCAAAAUCGUAGCAAGCAUGGGAGUACACGUACACAUGCCACGUGACCCCCUCGAACGCCGGUGAUCAUUGCAAUGACGCAC